CACAACCGCCAACCGCCAUUGGAAAAUCAUGGCAGUCUGGCACCAGGGAUUAUAUUAGUCUGCUUACCUGCUGACAAUCCCUGAUUUGGUGUAGAUAAGUCGUGCCUGCAGACAUCGGUAACCCAGCCCGACAUUUAAGGUUUAAUUCACCUCUCAAAUCACGUCGACGGUGGUUUUCUUUUUUUUUUUUUUUUCCUUCCAAAAACAGUUUAAGACAAUCUCAUUUUUUAUUCGUCUUGUCGUAUCUCAUACCACUGGCACCCUCUUCCAAAAUGAGCUUAAACUCAAGCAGCAUCCUCGAGUCUGCAUCUUUGGGCUCGGGACUGCCCCUCAACAAAGGAACCCUGAUUCUAUUGCUGGCCGGUGUUGCCGCGCUCCUAGUUGGCCUGGACAAGCUCCUCACCCCGAGCGUGAGCAGCAGUGAGCCAUGGCUCCUCAAGCCAUCGAUACCCCUGAUCGGGCACAUUAUCAACCUGUUGAGAUAUGAAAACGACUUUCACCACAGACUUUACAAACAAACCGGCCGCCCCGCCCUGACCCUGCAGAUGCUCUGGGGCAAGCUGUACGUGAUCCUGGACCACCGGCUGGGGUCGGCGGCCAUGCGCGCGUCCGAGGCCAGCUUUGACGAGUUCGGCAAGGACUUUGGCGAGCAGAUCCUGGCGCUGCAGCCCGACACCAUGCGCCGCGUCAACGAGGACCCGGCCUGGUUCCCCAUGUUCAACCGAGUCAGCGCCGAGUCGCUGGCCCCUUUGCGCCUGCGCGACGUCACCAGCGACGCCGCCGACGCCCUGGCCCGCGUGGUGUGCGAGACGGGCGACGGCUCGCCCCUGACCGUCCCGAACCUGUACUAUUGGGCGCGCGAGCUCAUCACCAGCGCCACGCUCGAGGCCAUGAUGGGCCCGCACGGCAUUGUCACUUCCAAGGACAGGAGUCUCAAUGAGUAUCUCUGGGCCUUUGAAGGCGGCGUCGCCUCCUUCGUGACGCACCCCUUGCCCCGCUUCACGGCGCGCAAGGCCUGGAACGGCCGCGCCAAGGUCUUUGAGGCCAUGGCGAGGUACUUUGGCGGCGAGUUCGACAGGACCGAGUCCCGGGGGAUGGUCAAGGCGCGAUCGGCCAUCUCGCGCGUCACCUUUGAGGCCGCCGAGCUGCCGCGCAUCGAGACGGGGGCCAUCUUCCCCAUGGUGACCAACUCGGGGCCCAUGGGCUUCUGGUUCUUGUACUUUAUCUACUCGAACCGGGACGUGCUGGCCCGCGUCCGCGCCGAGCUCCAAGCCGCCACCGUCCUGACGCCAAACGACGACGACGGCACGCAGACGGCGUCCUUCAACCUCGCCCGCGUCGAGUACUCGUGCCCGUUCACCUCGGCCUGCUUCAAGGAGGCGGUGCGGCUGGCCAACAAUGGCGUGCAGAACCGGCGCAUGGUCGGCGACGCGACGCUGCGCGACGGCGAGGGGCGUUCCUACCUCUUCAAAAAGGGCACGGAUCUGCAGAUCAGCACGGGCAUCGGCCACCGGUCCAGGGAGAUCUGGGGCGACGACGCGCUCGAGUUCCGCCCGGACCGGUUCCUGCGGCCGCUGACCAGGGAGCAAAAGGCCGCCUACCAGGUCUGGGGCGGCGGCGCCCACCUCUGCCCCGGCCGCCACUUUGUCCUGCAGGAGGUCGUCUCCAUGGCCGCCGUGCUGGUCGUCGGCUUCGACCUCGAGCUGACCGGGCCCCUGCGCUGGGAGGACGUCAAGAUGGGCCAGGGCACCAUGGGCAACAACAGCUGCAAGCCGGUGAAUGAUGCCAAGGGGCUGCAGGCCAAGGUUUCCAGGAGGGCGGGGUGGGAGAAGACGACGUGGGCUUUUGAGGCUUGAUUUUGUUGAUUUUGCGGCAAUCUUUUUUUUUUUUUGUGUUUUGUGUGAUUUGGGCACAACAGCAGAUGGUGGCGACAAAACGUGGAAAACAGCAGAGCAUUUCAUCUCAACUCAUACCCCUCAAUCAAGGUUGUGACGAACCACGGCAUGCUGCAUGCAGGGCAGCUACCGUAGCUAUAUUAUCAUCAUGUAAGCAGCUGCACUGCCUGGAAAGCUUAAUCCUCUCGAGUCAUGUCCGCUACAGUCCGCCUGACUCGACUGGAUGACACAUUAUGUAUAGUUGCAGAGUAAAUAUGAUGCACCUUUUCCAC